AUGUUUGUACGUUUGGUGCACCUUUGUGUCAUUUUGACUUUGUGCAGUGUGAGCUCUGGCUUCAGCUGCCGAUGGAUCAAUCUUAAAUUCAAGCAGCACCAUGAGACAUGUUUAGCACUGCUUAGAGAAAUGGGGGAAGAAAUCAGCACCAACUCGUCCAUUCCAGAUAACUGGCAUCACUGGUUCUUUAACCAAAGCUAUUCUCAGACAGAGAAACAGAUUGGGUUCAUCAUUCAGACUCUGGACGAGGUCUCUCGGUUAUUGGAAGAGUCUGACUCUGUCUCUUGGAACAAGGACAAGCUGGACACUUUGUUACAUAUGCUGGAUCUGCAGGUCAAUGGACUUCGUUCAUGUCUUGAUCACAAAGUAAGAAAGAGCAAAAGAUUGCCCUUAUACUUCAAACGACUAAGAGAUCUCACCAAGAAUGACAAGGAGAAGAAUGAGGCCUGGGAGGGGAUCAGAAAAGAGUUGCUUCAACUUUUUGGGCUGCUGGACUUUUUUCCUGCUGUCUCUAUGAAUAAUGUUGCAAAGGAGAGUCAAUAAUCUAUUUGAUGCUUAUUUAAUGCUUUUGUGUUUCAAAAUCGUAGUAAAAUAAUGUUAUGCAUUUUCUAUGCUACAUUUAAA